CUGAGACACUUGUCCUAGUCAAUAGCGCUAGCAUUUAGUCUCUUUAAAAAUAUCAUGAAGUAAAUAAAUACUUUUAUUAUAUAUAUAUAUUUAAAUAAAUAAUAAGAAUAAGGACAAUAUGAGUUACAGUAGGCAGCGCAGUUAAUAAAAUUGAGGAAAUAAAUAAAUUAAUUAAUUAGUACUAAUAAUAAUUUAUUAUUAUUAUUAAUAAUAAUAAUAAUAAUAAUACAAACAAUGAAAAAGCGGACGGAAAAAGUCAACAAGGAGAAAGGAAAUUCUGGAGUCGAGGAAGAGCCUUCACAGACUGCAGGAUCAAAUACACAAGACAAAUGUCCUGUCCAAAGCCUCGAUGAGUUCCAGUGCUCGGGUCAUCUGGAUGUGGAUUUCCCAGAGCUGUGUGCUUUAGUUGGGGUGAAGGAAAUCCCUGAUGUGAGACCACUAAAAGCUGCGUCACCUCUUACAGGAGACACUGACCAGGAACAGAGUUUCUCCGAAACCUGUACGACUGCCUGGUCUCCUAAACCCUGCCUUCACGUGGAAAUGGAGAAUGAGGACUCUCGUAGCGUGAAAAGAGUCCGAAUAUCUGGAUGGAGGGUGGAUGAGGUGAUGGCUGGAGUGCUGAGUAAGACGUUACCAUCCCUCAGUAAUCUACAGAGCCUGGAGAUGUGGCAAGUUGGAUUGACCGACUCCAUUCUGACCUCCUUGAAGGACACAAUUUGUUUGUGCUCAAAGCUCAGGAGAGUUAUUUUGGAGGGAACUCCACUUCCAGGGAACACUUACCAUAUUCUCCUGGGAGAGGACAGCAUGAUAUCACACCUGUCAUUGCGAAACAACGGCAUAGGCGAAGAGGGAGCAUGUCUGAUCGGUUUAACGCUCUCUAAGAACCUCCUGUCACUCAACAUGGCCUUUAACGCUGUCGGAGAUGAGGGUGCUGUGUAUUUAGCACAGGCGUUGCGUCUCAAUCACACUUUGCUCUAUCUCUCCCUGGCCAACAAUCACAUCAGCGAUGCAGGAGCAGCACAUCUGGCUCAGGUGUUCGGCCCGUUUGCUCUGACACAUGAAGAAAUAGUGGAGAGGAGGAGGCUGUUGAAAAGGAAAGAUCGACUGUCAGCUCAGUUGAUAAGUGAAGACUCUAAAUGUGAGUCCAGCCCCAGCAGCUCAUCGCUGGAGUGCAGCAUCAAAAGUGCCACCAAGAAAAAGGAUUCCAGCAAAAAGGAUGAGAAGCUAACAGCAGGAAAGAAAGAGGACCUCAAAGUGGAAAAGAAAAGAAGCUUGGAUACUAAAAUCCCACAAGGCAGAGGAGGGAAAUCCGAUGGGAAAGACAAGCACACAUCAGUGAAAGAACAAGAGACAGAAGAGGUGUCUGAAACACAAAGCCCUUUGCUGAAUCCUGCUAUACAGAGCACCGGAGGGAAAGUGAUUCAUCCAGGCAACACAACACUUCUCUCUCUGAACUUGUCAGGUCAGUCAUUAACAAGUCUGACCCUUUACCUCUCCAUGAAUCUGCCCACGUUUUCCUCAUUCCUUCUCAUCUGUACAGGCAAUAAACUGACCCAGCGGUCCCUUCAGAUCUUUCUGUCAUCUGUGGAGAGUCAAGGGCGAAGAGGUCUCCAGUAUCUUUCUCUUAAUAGGAACUGCUUUCCUUCAGACUGUGAGGUCUUCCUGAAAUUACAGGAAAUUAUGUCACUUAAGGAUCCUCGAAACAGACCCGACUUGGCUCAGGUGGAGGCUGAACAGGGGCAGGCAGCGUAGAGUAUAAUCAUGCGUCCGAAUUUGACCUUAGGAUGAUGUUUCGAUGGUGUAACCUGACCAUUGUAGAUCCUCCCGAGUAUGGAAUCAAUCACUACAGGGUGUGCUGUUGUAGAGAAAUAAUCAGUCAUGUGAUCGUGUGAAGUAAACCCAGCGGGCACAUUGAUAUCAAUUUGAUGUCAAAUAUUAGUCAAGACUUGAUCAAGAUGCUGUAUAACAUUAUUUUAAAUUCAGUUUGGAAGGCAAUUUCUUCCAGUGGUAAUUGGUUUAAAAUAGAGUUAAUCCUACACUGAAAUUGGUUUAUUAUACACUAUAUUGCCAAAAGUAUUCGCUCACCCAUCCAAAUAAUCAGAAUCAGGUGUUCCAAUCACUUCCAUGGCCACAGGUGUAUAAAAUCAAGCACCUAGGCAUGCAGACUGUUUUUACAAACAUUUGUGAAAGAAUGGGUCGCUCUCAGGAGCUCAGUGAAUUCCAGUGUGGAACUGUGAUAGGAUGCCACCUGUGCAACAAAUCCAGUCGUGAAAUUUCCUCGCUCCUAAAUAUUCCACAGUCAACUGUCAGCUGUAUUAUAAGAACGUGGAAGUGUUUGGGAACGACAGCAACUCAGCCACGAAGUGGUAGGCCACGUAAACUGACGGAGCGGGGUCAGCGGAUGCUGAGGCGCAUAGUGCGAAGAGGUCGCCAACUUUCUGCAGAGUCAAUCGCUACAGACCUCCAAACUUCAUGUGGCCUUCAGAUUAGCUCAAGCUAACAAGCUGGGCUUGGCCCCUUAGUUCCAGUGAAAGGAACUCUGAAUGCUUCAGCAUACCAAGACAUUUUGGACAAUUCCAUGCUCCCAACUUUGUGGGAACAGUUUGGAGCUGGCCCCUUCCUCUUCCAACAUGACUGUGCACCAGUGACCAAAGCAAGGUCCAUAAAGACAUGGAUGACAGAGUCUGGUGUGGAUGAACUUGACUGGCCUGCACAGAGUCCUGACCUCAACCCGAUAGAACACCUUUGGGAUGAAUUAGAGCGGAGACUGAGAGCCAGGCCUUCUCGUCCAACAUCAGUGUGUGACCUCACAAAUGCGCUUCUGGAAGAAUGGUCAAAAAUUCCCAUAAACACACUCCUAAACCUUGUGGACAGCCUUCCCAGAAGAGUUGAAGCUGUUAUAGCUGCAAAGGGUGGACCGACGUCAUAUUGAACCCUAUGGAUUAGGAAUGGGAUGUCACUUAAGUUCAUAUGCGAGUCAAGGCAGGUGAGCAAAUACUUUUGGCAAUAUAGUGUAUAUGUAGGCCAAAAUGUUUGACGUUCAAUUUACAUCAAACUAAUGUCAUGUUUUAGACGUGAAAUUGAUGUCAUAUUGAUAUCACACUGACAUCAAUAAUUCAGCUGUUUAGCACUUUUUUCUCUUUCUUAAUCAUUUGGCAUCUGCUGAUUUUCCCAUUAAUCUCAGUAAUUUAAAAAACAACAAAAAUAUUUCGGACUGGUUAUUAUUUUUUUAUUUUUAAUGAUACCAUAAUGCUGCGUAAUUACAAUACUGAAAUUACUAUAUUUUUUGUAAUAAUGUAUUGCCAGUUAAUUAAUUUACAGUAAGUAGGCCUAAUUUUUCACAGUGAAAAAACCUUGACAUUUCUUGUCUGAAUAACAACAACAGGCAUCCCUCCCAAUUUGAAAUAAAUCUAAUAUUUAUUUAUUUUUAUUAUUCCCUGGAAAUGCUUCCUCUGCUGUUCACCGCCACAGGGGAGGGGUGACGAGAUCCAAUUGAAGACUCCAGAAUCAGUCCUAACAAUCCCUUCCCUUUCUCAUUAACGUGAACUUUUAUCAGGCUCACUGACUCGCGCUGUGUCUUUUUAUCAUGUAGGUAAAUGUGUUAACAACUCAAAAAAAUGUAGAAUAUAAAUUAUUUUGGGCAAAUUUUAAACGUUUUAAUGAAAUAUGACUCUGUGCAAGGACGUUUGGUACUUUUUGUGUCUUUGUGCUAUUUUCCAUUGUUUUUAUAUCCUGUUUUAGUUUAGCUAAAGAAUCAUUUUAAUUUUACCUUUUGUGUUCAGACUAAUGGGCAGCCUGUUGCCUCACAGCAAGAAGGUCCUGGGUUCGACAUGUACAUUAGGUUGGUUAGUAAUUCUAAAUUGGCUAUAAAAGUGAAAGUUGUCUGUCUAUAUGUGUGAUGGACUGGCAGGGUGGGAUAGCAGCAGACCCCUGUGACCCUAAUUAGGAAUAAAGCUGGUAUAGACAAUGUGUCCAAAAGGGCUAAACUCGUGAUAAAUAAAAUAUUUCUUACUUUAA